AUGGGAAGCUUCUUCUCUAUUCAAAGUAGAGACAAGCGCCGCCGCUCAAACCGGCUCUCGAAACCGCCUGCUAACAGCAAACCUGCUUCGCUCUCGGCCAAUUCGCCUCGACAACCUCUUAGUCCUAGCUCUCCGAUAACAUCCUCUUGGCAAAACCCGUGGACUGGGGCUUCCAUCCCAAUUGCUUCUUCGGAUUCGGAGCCCAAGGGGCGAAGAUCGCACUCGUCCGCUUCUGCCUCGCUGCAGUCUGACCCGCCAUGGAUGUCAACUAAUAAGACAAAGCGGAGCAACUCCGGUGCCAAAGAGCCAAACGAUUGCCGCGUCCAAUCUUCGCCGACUGCCAGUCUCAGUACCUCCGGCACGCUAUCACGACGAGCCUCGUUUCAGCCUCCACGGCAACCUGCCUUCCAACCUGCGCUGGUACUGAAUGAGCCUCAUUCACGCGGGCCGUCGUCGUCAAUCCAACCAAGAAGAUCCUACUCGGUUCAAUCGCCGCCACGAAGAGCGAAGAGUACGGUGAACGCGAGCAGUAUCGAAGAAGCAACUUCCUCCAACACCCAUUUCCUCGUUGACAGCCAGGGGUUUUCCUUGAUCCGCCGACGUUCCCUCUUAACGAGGCCCGGGAUUGCUACCAGGCGAUCAACGAAAGAUGCUGCACGGCGAUGCCCCUCGCCAAUCAAACAAGAACCAGCGACCACAUCUACUACCGUAAAUGAGACCUCGCGUCCACUGCAGCGACCGUCGUCGCGGUUGCAAGAUACCGACUGGAGACGUCAACUUUCACUCUCCCAACUACGACCGCCAACGCCAAACGAUUUUGAGUACACGCAUUUGGGGGCUCUCAAGCUAGGGUCAUUGCGCGUAGUGAACGCCUCCACGUCUCCAUGCCCCAGCGACCGGACCCGGCUGAAUGGACCUCGUAGUCGCACUCCAGAGGCCCGUUCUGACGAAACGCAUCACACAAGACCAAGCGAUACUCUAGGCGAGCGCCAAAACUCGAAAGGUGCGGCACCUGUUCCUGACAACACCAAUACUCCUGGAGACGGCCACCCCGGUAUGAUUUGGGGCGUCAAUAAUGCUGGAUUCGUUAACCAUCACGAUGACGGUGCUGGACGAACAGACCAUCGAUCCUCGCUCGGUCGGCAAUGUCUAACUACUCGGCGCAAUAAUGCUCCUCCAAGUUAUGCGUUGCAUACUCAGCCAUUUUCUCCCAAUAGAAGUUGCGACGAGCCACCAGCAAGUCCCCUUUCCUACGAAAUGUCACCGACAACCACGCUUUCUCCAUUCGGCGAGAAAGAGCCCGAAGACAAGGGAGCUCCUGCUUCUGACCAUCAAAGCCCCUUGCCUUCUCGCUUUGGUAAGGCCAUUCACGGGUCACUGUUGGAGACGAGGCAGUCAGUAUCACAUAAAAAGGUCGACAGCGGCUACAGUUCCACAGCGUCGGUUCGGUCCCUGCGAGCCAGUCGCGCCGGAUCAUCGUUUGACUCCCAGUCCUUUACACAACGGCAGGCACUCAGAUAUCGCAGGUUUACUUUUGGAGGGAACGCAGGAGAUGCUAGUGGACAAGACAUAGGGGAAUUAUUCGGGUUCGGAAACACGUGUCCUGCGUACCUCCUCCCACGGCUUCGGGAUUCUAAGAUGGAUUGCAAAUUUGAACCCGGGGUUUGGUCAACAUCUAUGUGCCACGAGCCGCCCCUAAAGCCAUCGAAUAGACGUGUAAGGAGCCUAUCCUACACAGGUCCACCGCCCUCAACCCGAAUGGAAUCUCUUCCUCGAUACUGCGCCCAUCUGCGCAGUCAAGAAUCCGCUUUUGCGGAAAUGACAGCAUCGUUGAAAUGCCAAAGUACUGCCAGAUUGGAUGCGCUGGUUGCAAUGCCGGGUCAACAAUCUUUGGGUGAUAAGGUCGAGUCUGAUCUCGAUCACGGUUGGGAGAGAAAUUCUCAAACGAGACCUCAGGCUUCCAACGAGUCAGGUUACGUGGACCCUACCAUGACUGGAACUCCCAGAGCGGAAUCCGAGAACCGAUCCGGACAAGAAAGUGGCCUCGAACAUCCACGGUUCUACAGCCGGACAAGCAAGAUUCGAUGCCCGGAUGCGGCUGCUGAGAAGCACCCUGCGAUGGCAACCCUAAGCACCUCGCAAUCAGUCAAGAGUGAACGCUAUGUUGACACUCCCCGGGGGAGGCCGAGGUGCCGGAGUGUUGAAUACCAACGUCGCAGGUUGUCCAAACAGCAAAAGCGUCCAAACAUUUAUGCAGCCGCUUCUCCGUCUGUUUUUCACUGA